AUGAAAACCCCACACCUCUUCCAUCUCCGCCGCCGCUUCGGCACAAAGUACACCGCCAGGAUUACGUCCACCGCCCCCACGGGCCGCUCCCUCGCGGCGGAGGUGACUCCACCGCCGCCCCUCCCCUCCGACUCGCGAGGCUACCUCCUCCCCCGCCGCGACCUCAUAUGCAAAGCCACCCAAAUCCUCCUCUCCCCUCCGCCCUCCUCCUUCUCCGACCCCUUCUCCGAUCUCUCCGACUACCUCCAAUCUCUCUCCCUCUCCCUCUCCGCUCUCGAAGCCUCCGAAAUCCUUAAAGCCCUAAAGAACCCCUCUCUCGCCCUCAAAUUCUUCCACUUCUGCCCCUCCCUCUCCCCCGAUUUCCGCCAUGAGUCCUUUACCUACAAUCGCCUCUUCCUCAUCCUCUCCAAGUCCACCAACCCCGCGCGCUUCGACCAGGCCCGCGACCUCCUCCACCACAUGCACAGCCACAGCGUACGCGGCAACAUCUCCACCGUCAACAUCCUCGUCGGCUUCUUCGGCUCCGGCGAGGAUUUGCAACGCUGCGUUGCGCUUGUCAAGAAGUGGGACCUCAGACUCAACGCUUACACCUACAAGUGUUUGCUCCAGGCCUACUUGAGGUCCCGGGAUUCUUCUACUGCUUUUCAGGUUUAUCUGGAUAUGGUUAGGCGUGGGUAUAAGUUGGACAUUUUUGGCUACAACAUGCUUUUGGAUUCUUUGGCCAAGGAUGAAAAGGUGGAUAAAGCAAAUAAAGUUUUUGAGGAUAUGAAGCGGAGGUAUUGUGAGCCAGAUGUGUUCACUUACACUAUUAUGAUCAGAAUGACUGGGAAAUCUGGCAAAACUGCGGAGUCACUGACAUUUUUUCAGACAAUGCUUGCAAAGGGUUGUACUCCUAAUUUGAUUGGUUAUAAUACUAUGAUCGAGGCACUUGCCAAGGGGCGAAUGGUUGACAAGGCCAUCGUACUUUUCUCAAAGAUGGUGGAGAAUGAUUGUCAGCCUAAUGAGUUUACAUACAGUGUGAUUUUGAAUCUUCUGGUUGCUGAAGGGAAGCUUAAUAAGCUAGACGAUAUUGUGGAUAUAUCAAAGAAAUACAUAAACAAACAAAUAUAUGCAUACUUUGUUAGGACUUUAAGCAAAUUGGGUCAUGCUUCGGAAGCACAUAGGUUAUUUUGCAACAUGUGGAAUUUUCAUGACAAGGGUGACAAAGAUGCUUGUUUGUCCAUGUUGGAAAGUUUGUGCAAUGCUGGCAAAAUGACAGAAGCUAUAGACCUUCUGGAUAAAAUUCAUGAAAAGGAUAUAACCACUGAUACUAUCAUGUAUAAUACAGUAUUCACAGCGCUUGGCAGGUUGAAACAAAUAUCAUAUAUUCAUGAUCUUUAUGAAAAGAUGAAACUAGAUGGUCCCCAACCAGAUAUAUUUACAUACAAUAUUUUGAUCUCCAGCUUUGGUAGGGCUGGAAGAGUAGAGAUUGCUGUUAAAAUUUUUGAAGAACUAGAGAAUAGCAAUUGUAAGCCUGACGUCAUUUCCUAUAACUCUCUGAUCAAUUGCCUUGGAAAGAAUGGGGAUGUUGAUGAAGCUCACAUGAGAUUUAAAGAGAUGCAAGAGAAAGGGUUAAAUCCUGAUGUUGUGACUUACAGUACCCUUAUUGAGUGCUUUGGCAAGACGGAUAAAGUUGAGAUGGCAUGUAGGUUGUUUGAUGAAAUGCUUGCUAAAGAAUGUACUCCUAACUUGAUCACAUAUAAUAUUUUGCUUGACUGUCUUGAAAGGUGUGGAAGAACUGCUGAGGCAGUGGACCUGUAUUCAAAACUUAAGCAACAAGGAUUGACACCAGAUUCAAUUACGUAUGCAGUGCUCGAGCGAUUGCAAAGUGGUGGACACUCGAAGUUGCGAUUUCGGCGACAGAAUCCUAUUACAGGCUGGGUUGUUAGCCCUUUAAGAUGA